AUGAAGGAACUGGCGGCCGAGCGGUGUCUGCAGCACCAACAGUCCGGGCUGUCGGCUCACCUGGGCUACGGGGCGGGGGCCCUGCUGGACACCGACCCCCGAGCCUGGUUGGCCCCGGUGUACCCCCCCGGCACCUGCCCGGCACACGCCGAGUACCUGUCGCCCGGAUCGUCGGACGAGACGCUGUUGGGAGCCGACGGCGACUUGGAGGAGGAGGAGGAGGAGGAAGAGGAGGAAGAAGAGGAGGAGGAGGAAGAGGAGAUGAUGAUGAUGAUGGGAGGAGGUGAUGGAGGAGUUGGAGUUGGUGGGAGAAGCCCCAUGAAGGUGCGGGAGCUGUGUCGGCUGAAGGGCUUGGGGCUGGGGGUGGGGUGCUGCCGGCAGCGGGCGCCCCCCAGUCGGCAGGUGAACGGAGUGCAGAAGCAGCGGAGGUUGGCGGCCAACGCCCGGGAGCGGCGGCGGAUGCACGGCCUGAACCACGCCUUCGACCAACUGCGGAACGUCAUCCCGUCCUUCAACAACGACAAGAAGCUCAGCAAGUACGAGACCUUACAGAUGGCCCAGAUCUACAUCACAGCCCUGGCCGAGCUGCUGCAG